AUGGAGGACACCGCGACGCCGUCGAGCGCCGUCCACGCCGACGACUACAACGCGUGCUUCAAGGACACGGUGUGGCUGAGCACGUUCGAGCUCAACUUCCACACGGUGCUCUACUACUUUGCGCUCUCGCCCUUCUAUGACAAGAACUGCAACAACGAGCGGCUCAAGAUGCAGCGGUUGCCCCUCGACCAGCUCGUCAACAUGCGUGGCAUCGAGUACGAGCUGCUGCCAAACCUCUCCAAGCAGCUGCCGCAGACGCUCUACAUCAUCCGCAAGCAGUUCCGCACGAGCAAAACCAGCGUCCAGGUCAUGGCCAUCUACUACUGCCUCGACCAGACGAUCUACCAAGCCCCGAAUACGUUCACGAUGAUCACCUCGCGCUUGAAGAAGUGCAGCUACCGGAUCAACAAGGCGUUCCAAGCGCUCAGCGCCGGCGUGCGUUUUAGCCCCACGGAAGGCUAUGCGUGGGACUUUAGCACGGACGAGAAGAAGGAGCCGCUCAUUCCCUCGGAGCAGCUGGCCCUGAAGCUCAAGCGCAAGCAAGAGAAGGAAGAAAAGACCAAGCAAAACAGUUCGCGUGUCGACGCGAUUGUCCUCAACCUCGUCAAGAAGCCGCCUGCCGUGCCCGAGGCGACACCGGCCGACGGCAACCCGCCGCCGGCCAAACGCCAGAAGAUGUAG